AUGGUUCUCAAGGUGGCUACAGAAGGGACAGAAGCAGAAUCCCCAGGUCCCCGGGUGGGAGUAGCCCUCUCAGUGGCCCUGCAGUUGGAAGAUGUGGCCGUGCCAUUGACUUGGAAACACCAGAAGCUUAUCGGAAGUGACGUGCACAGCCGGAUAUUCCCUAUCCUUGAGCAAUGCAAGAACUCUAACACGGCCGUGACGGUGGCCUUCACCGUGACUGGACUCUCUGAACAGGACUGGGAGACAGCGGGAGGAGGGGAAAAUCAGCACCUUAUUUGUGGGAAGGCUACACUACAGUCACUGUGUGUAUAUGACCCUCGGGCCAUCGUGGCCCUCCUGAGGCUCACAACAGGAGCCUCUCUGCAGAUAUCCAGCCGCUGUGUCAAGGAUGCCCCUCCAGAUGGAGGACGAUCUUUAAUGAAAGCCUUUAAAAGGCAAGCAGGGGACGAAGACAGUUCUGGAGGCCCUGUCGGCCCUGACUGGUCUGGAAUUCCUGACCUCAGACCUGAACUAGUUAUUUCCUACUUGCCUCCUGGGAUGGCUAGUAAAAUAAACACUAAAGCUUUGCAGUCCCCCAAAAGACCACGAAGUCCUGGGAGUAAUUCAAAGGUUCCCGAAAUUGAGGUCACUGUGGAAGGCCCUAAUAACAACAAUCCUCAAACCUCAGCUGUUCGAACCCCUACCCAGACUAAUGGUUCUAAUGUUCCCUUCAAGCCACGAGGGAGAGAGUUUUCCUUUGAGGCCUGGAAUGCCAAGAUCACGGACCUAAAACAGAAAGUUGAAAAUCUCUUCAAUGAGAAGUGCGGGGAAGCUCUUGGCCUUAAACAAGCCGUGAAGGUGCCGUUCGCAUUAUUUGAGUCUUUCCCGGAAGACUUUUACGUGGAAGGCUUACCUGAGGGCGUGCCAUUCCGAAGACCAUCGACUUUUGGCAUUCCAAGUCUGGAGAAGAUACUCAGAAACAAAGCCAAAAUUAAAUUCAUCAUUAAAAAGCCCGAAAUGUUUGAGACGGCGAUUAAGGAGAGCACCUCCUCUAAGAGCCCUCCCAGAAAAAUAAAUUCAUCACCCAACGUUAAUACUACUGCCUCAGGUGUAGAAGACCUUAACAUCAUUCAGGUGACAAUUCCAGAUGAUGAUAAUGAAAGACUCUCGAAAGUUGAAAAAGCUAGACAGCUAAGAGAACAAGUGAAUGACCUCUUUAGUCGGAAAUUUGGUGAAGCCAUUGGUAUGGGUUUUCCUGUGAAAGUUCCCUACAGGAAAAUCACAAUUAACCCUGGCUGUGUGGUGGUUGACGGCAUGCCCCCGGGGGUGUCCUUCAAAGCCCCCAGCUACCUGGAAAUCAGCUCCAUGAGAAGGAUCUUAGAUUCUGCCGAGUUUAUCAAAUUCACGGUCAUUAGACCAUUUCCAGGACUUGUGAUAAAUAACCAGCUGGUUGAUCAGAGUGAGUCAGAAGGCCCCGUGAUACAAGAAUCAGCUGAACCAAGCCAGUUGGAAGUUCCAGCCACAGAAGAAAUAAAAGAGACUGAUGGAAGCUCUCAGAUCAAGCGAGAACCAGACCCCACGUGGUAGACCUCUUCCCUCCUAGGCUUAAAGUAUCAGUGGUUGAGAAGAGCUUUUCGGACAUGUUACUUCCCCAAGCUGUGUAAUAUACUUGUAUGACAGAAAUACCUUCUAUACAAACCUUUUUUUCUACUUUUAGAUAGAAAUGUCUA